UGUCGCCUGUCUCGGGGACAUCAGGGGAGGCACGAGUUGGCCCAUAAGCCUGCGUUCGCGAGUCAUCAGUGUCGGACACGUAGUGGGAACGAGCAGGUCCCGAUGCACAAGUCACGGCAACCCUCGGCGGAGAUGAAGGCGGACUCCGACUGGCUCUGAUUUUUAAAAGCCCUUUUCAUUCAGGAGGUUGGUUGCCAGUGGUUAUCAAUAUGGCAGAGCCGUCAUCCCAAGCACCCACCGCUGCAAAAAUGGCGUCACUUAACCGGUUCCGAGCUUUGGCGAUGAUUUUCUUAACUGUCACCGGCUGUUGUGUCACCCCGACAAGUGGCAAGGAAGGGUCCGAGGAGACCGUCAUCAUAGGGCUCCGACUGGAGGACACGGACGACAUUUCCUUCAUGGAUAGGGGCUACCUGCGGGUGAGUGAGCGGUCUCGGGUAAAAUUAAGGGUGUACGGGCAGAACAUCAACAACGAGACCUGGUCCAAAAUCUCUUUCACGGAACAUGAGCGCAGCCGGACUGUAGGGAGCAUUGACAGCUCCUCGGGGGAUAACCAGAGCCAAGAGGACUGGUCCGGCUUGCAUCCCUGCGGUAUUAGGACUUCGGAUAUAAUUAUAUUGCCCAACAUCAUUCUGAAUCGAAAGACGUCCGGAAUAGUUGAAAUUGAGGUCAAACCUCUGCGAAAGACAGAGAGGAGUAAAGCUUAUUACCUUUGCAUCGCCACCGCAACACCGGCCGUAGCCGGGAUGCACGACCUGUGGACGGAGAACACCUGGAUCUACCACGACGGGGAUGACACCAAAGUGAUAGUGGUGGAGGAAAAAAAGUUUCUGCUGCCUUUCUGGCUCCAGGUCAUCUUCAUCUCCAUGUUGCUUUGCCUCUCGGGAAUGUUCAGCGGGUUGAACCUGGGGCUCAUGGCUCUGGACCCCAUGGAGCUCCAGAUAGUCCAGAACUGUGGCACGGAAAAGGAAAAGAAUUACGCCAAAAAAAUAGAGCCGGUCAGGAGCCAAGGGAAUUACUUGCUUUGCUCGCUUCUGCUUGGGAACGUGUUGGUGAACACCACGCUGACCAUCCUGCUGGAUGAUAUCGCCGGUUCGGGCUUGAUUGCGGUGGUCAUGUCCACCAUUGGAAUAGUCAUCUUUGGAGAGAUCGUGCCCCAGGCCAUCUGCUCCAGACACGGCCUCGCUGUCGGGGCCAACACCAUAUUCCUCACCAAGUUCUUCAUGCUGCUCACCUUCCCUGCUUCUUACCCGGUGAGCAAGCUGCUCGACUACCUUCUGGGACAGGAGAUAGGAACCGUGUACAACCGGGAGAAGCUUCUGGAGAUGCUGCGCGUCACGGACCCUUACAACGACCUGGUUAAGGAGGAGCUGAACAUCAUCCAGGGCGCGCUGGAGCUCAGGACUAAGACCGUGGAGGACGUGAUGACGCCGCUAAGAGAUUGCUUCAUGAUCCCCGGGGAUGGCACCCUCGACUUUAACACCAUGUCCGACCUCAUGAAGAGCGGCUACACGCGCAUCCCAGUCUUCGAGGGCGAGAGGUCAAACAUAGUGGAUCUGCUCUUUGUCAAGGACCUGGCGUUUGUGGACCCGGAUGAUUGCACCCCUCUCAAAACCAUCACAAAGUUUUACAGCCACCCGUUACAUUUUGUGUUCAAUGACACCAAGUUGGACGCAAUGCUGGAGGAGUUUAAAAAAGGAAAAUCCCACCUGGCCAUAGUUCAGAGGGUGAACAAUGAGGGUGAGGGAGACCCUUUCUAUGAAGUUCUGGGUAUUGUCACCCUGGAGGACGUUAUUGAAGAGAUCAUCAAGUCAGAGAUCCUGGACGAGACUGACUUGUACACUGACAACAAGACGAAGAAGAAAAUCACCCAUCGGGAAAGGAAGCAGGAUUUCUCGGCCUUCAAGCCUACCGACAAUGAAAUGAAGGUUAAAAUAUCACCUCAGCUUCUGCUGGCUACCCUGCGUUUCCUAGCAACAGAGGUCGAGCCGUUCGCACCGGCGCAAAUGUCAGAAAAGAUUCUGCUGCGCUUGCUGAAGCACCCCAACGUCAUCCAGGAGCUGAAAUAUGAUGAGAAGAACAAGCGGGCACCGGAGCACUACCUCUUCCACAGGAACAAGCCCGUUGAUUAUUUCAUCCUCAUAAUGCAGGGGAAAGUGGAGGUGGAGGCAGGAAAAGAGGGGAUGAAGUUUGAAGCGGGGCCGUUCUCCUUCUAUGGGAUGCUGGCUCUGACAGCCUCGCCAGUGCCUCUGUCCCUGUCUCGUACAUUUGUGGUCAGUAGGGCUGAAUCAUUAGCAGGAUCUCCAGAAAAUAAAUCUCCUCCACGGCCGUUCGGACUCAACCACUCAGACUCCCUGAACAGGAGUGACCGUAUAGACGCCAUCACCCCGACUCUCGGCAGCAGCAACAACCAGCUCAACUCCUUCCUGCAGAUCUACGUACCUGACUACUCAGUCAGAGCGCGCACAGACCUGCAGUUUAUAAAGGUAACACGCCAACAGUACCAGAACGCGGUAAUGGCGUCACGGAUGGACAAAACUCCCCAAUCGACAGACAGUGAGUUCACUAAGAUCGAGCUCACGCUGACGGAGCUGCACGAUGGAGUGGAGGCCCCCGCGGUCGUCACCACCACAGCCAGCACCACUGGCACCACCCCUGCCGUGUCCGUAUCCGUGGCCAACGAGACUUCCUACCUGCUCAACCAGCAGCAGAACUGUGUGGGCCUCAGCAGGAGCAACCACAGCGCCCACAACGAGGGACCCAUCUAGCCCCCGCCGAGCCCGGUGGAGACCCCGACCCUCCACCCUGUCUCGUGGACACACGGAGCGGUGGCGUAGAUGGAGAUGAGGGAAAAUGGGGGAAGCGAAGGCGGGUGGAGGGUUCUGCUCCAACCAGUAGCCCCCGGUCAGUCAGUCAGUCAGUCAGUCAGUCAGUCAGUCAGUGGAACCCUUUCAUGGAGGGGCAGUGGGGAAGACGGGUGCUGCGUCACCCUGAACGCCCCAACCUGAACGCUGUCAGAAUCCCUGCUGUACUACACCCUCUUACAGAGGGUGCACUCGGACAGUACCUGUGACUGAGCUUCUAUUUUGGGACAAUCUGACACUUUCAUAGCGGUGACUUGGACUAGAGGACGACAGAGUGCAUGCAAACCCUGUCCCUUUCCCCUAAACACAACCACACACACACACACACAACGUAACGCAACACUCGCUGUAUUUUCUCCUCAGGCCAAAGACUUUGGUCCCCCCUUCUAACACUGGACACAGACUGUUUUCGCUCACAUACACACAUAUUCAAACAGUCACAUUCCCAUAUACACACACAUUCGCACACGAACACGCACACACACACACACACACACACACACAAAUGCAGCUUCCCCACCCGUGAGUCUUUCAGGGAUGCUCAGUCAUUGUUGAUCCCAUCAGCGAGGACUCAAACCCAAACAAGCAGAGAGAACGGUUGGUCAAAGACUGCACCAAAAACCGCUUUGAAAGAAUCCGUUAAACCACGAACCAAGAAUGUUUUCCUGUAUUUAUUUAUUUUAUAAUAUUGUAUGUAUAUAUGUAUGCGUGGAGACAUGAUAUGACAUAAAGUGGCAUACGAGCAUGCACAAGCAUGUACACAAAGGUGUACGUGGGGCAAACGUGUCAUAUCAAAAAGGACAUGCUACAUAUAUGGAGACAAACAUCCAUUCAUGUAUAUGAGGGGGUGAGGGUCUUUUACAGAUACAGUAUGUAUAUUACAGAUCUUGUUAUUUUUACUAUUAUCCUAAAUCAGGCUUAUGGUACACUAUCUUUUUCACCUUUUAAACAAUCACACUAUUGCCUUUAAGAGAAAUCAUAUAAUUAAUUAUUUUAACAAAGUGCAAUGAACAGAAAUUUAUUUAAGAGAUGAUUAUGAUAAAAAAAAUCACUGUAUUAUAAAUUGACAGAUAUAUUUGUAUGUAUGUACUGUAUGUAUAUGUAUAUUUGUUUUUUGAAAAAUGCUAAACUGCAGCCAUCCACAAGCAAAAUUGUCCUUAGUCAGUCUCUCUUUCUCCUUGUCUCUUUCAUGUUUUUGACCUCAAACACGUCUACUAUACGUUCAUGUGGGAGUAAUGAUGCCUGGACUAUUCACCACGGUGUAGGGGGGUGGGGGGGGGGGGCUACCAGGUGGUGGAAGUGUCAACAAAGCACCUAUGCAUGUGGAGGCUAUGUGUCUUAUUUUUUAUUUUUUUUUGCCAAUUUUAAGCAUAAUCAAACUUGAUAAUUGCACAGUAUUAAUGACCUCAUCUAACAUGUUGAGCAUCAUCAACGUCACAAAAAGUAACCUCGACAUUAAACAUGUCCAUGAAUGAUACACAGCUAUGCCUUUCCACUGUUUAUGUGUGUGAACGUGUUUUUUUAUUUUAUUUUUUAUUUUGCAUGUGUGUCUACAAAGCAUAGGCCGGCAGUUCAGUUCAUAUAAAGGCUAUUUUUUGACAGCAGUGAAUGUGAAAGAAACUAGACUUUACUUGUUUUGGCUCCCCACACAAUGCAGAUAAUCCAUGUUUAAUAAUUCUUGAGUUAAUUCAGAUCAAAAUCUAAAAUAUUCCUCACAAAUGUUAUGUUAUUAAACAGAUAUUUAUACUGAUUUUAUCUUAGAAACACUGUAGCCAUAUAUGCUUAUUUUUCUCACAAUUUCAAGAUCACACAAUUAAAGAGUAGUUUGACAUUACUGGAAAUAAGCUAAAUUGCGUUCUUGCUGACAGACAAGAAGAUUGAUACCACUCUCGUUUCUCUACUUUACGUUAUGAAGCUACAGUCAGCAGCCAGUUAGCUUAGCCUAGCAUAAAAACUAGGGGGGGGGGGGUCCACCGGUUUAAAUAAAUCCACCUACCACCAUCUCUAAAGCUCAUUAAUUAGUCCAGGAAGUCACUGCUCCGGGCCAAGAAAUAGUCUGGCACAUAACCCCCUCGAAAAACCACAACUUGUUGUUUUUAAACUUAAUGUUCUGCACAUAAAAAGUUGUGAUUUUUACAGUGUUACAUGACUAUUUCUUGGACUUCUGGAGAGACUGGAGUAGUUAGUAAUCUUUUAGUCUGUAUAUGCUAAACUGAGCUAAGCUAAGCUAACAUCUCCUGGCUACUGCUUCAUAUUUAACAUACAGACAUUAGAGUGGUCUCAAUCUUCUUAUCUAACUCUAGACAAGAAAGCAAAUAAGUGUAAAUGUUAAACUACUCUUUUUUUUAUUUUUAUUUUAUUAGAUUUUUUUUUUUUUUUUGCUUUAGUACCUUCUUGCCCUUAUUGUUUUACCUCAUAAAGACAGGAAUGAUUUUGAAGAUACUGUAUUGCUUGGAAUUUUUCCUAAAGCUACACACACACACACACACACACUUCUGUAGGGGUGUAGAAUUUUAAUUAUUUCGCUAAACAAUUACUUUGAUUGCACUUCCAGGCCUGUUCAUUAACAUUCUAUGUACUACUGUGUGCUGGAAGUUUUCUGGCCACCUUACAGACAGCUGAAUUCUUUUAAUAUUCAGUUGCAGUUUGUAACCACUGGUGGUCGCUGUUUCCACAUGUAAUCCAAUGUGUGUGUGUGUGUGUGUGUGUGUGUGUGUGUGUGUGUGUGUGUGUGUGUGUGUGUGUGUGUGUGUGUGUGUGUGUGUGUGUGUGUGUGUGUGUGUGUGUGUGUGUGUGUGUGUGUGUGUGUGUGUGUGUGUGUGUGUGUAAAGGCCCCCUGAAAACAGCACACAUGGAAAAACAGCCUUUCCAUCUGCUCAGCCAUUAGGGGCGUCUCGGUUGUAUAACCAGACAGAGAGUACUUCUGCAUUGUUUGCAGCUGUGUUCGUUGUUGUUAAUUGUUCACUUGAAAGUGCUCCGAUGCAGCAGGCCCGCUCCUGCUCUGCAGGGACAAUCGCUCCAGAGGUACAGCCAAUGAACGAGGAUCAGAUUGUUAAGAUUGUGCUUGGGACACUCAUACUCUGCUUCACAGACUUCAGUGCCUGACAGGAGAACAAGAGGCACGAUGAAAGUACAAAAGCCCAGGAACAGGAAACACAUCCGCUAGCUGUGACUGGGUUAUUUCAAUAUUCUGUUACACACACAUUAUCUUUUUCCUCUCACACACACUUCAUCCUCGGCUGAACACAAGAUUAUCAUCCUUCCAUUAUGUGAAUGCUUUGCAGGCGUGUGUUUGACUGGUCUUUUUGUCCAUCCCAAUGCUGCUAUUGUACCCAUGUGUUGUCCAUAAUGCUUCUUCUACCUUACGACAACAUUCCCAUUGCCUCCUCCAGCUGGUGGUUUAAUAAAAAAGUGAAUGAUUAACAGACA